AUGCUUACCGGCGAUGAGACGGUGAGCGAUGGCAACGCAUGGAUCGGCUCAUUGGCGUUGAGACAACACUUGCAGGCCUUCCAGCAAAGGGUCGGCUAUUGUCCACAGUUUGACGCUUUGCUCAACAAAAUGACGGGAAGAGAGACUCUAUUCCUCUUCUGCCGACUCAGAGGUAUGUGCGAAGACAUGAUCGACACAUACGUCAAGGAGUUGACAGCAAUGGUAGACCUCAUCCCUCACGUCGACAAAUGCACCGACACUUACAGUGGAGGCAAUCGACGUAAACUGUCGCUCGCUAUAGCCCUCUGUGCCGCCCCUCCCGUCAUAUUCUUGGAUGAGCCCACAUCAGGAGUGGAUCCGUCGGCGCGACGCAAGAUAUGGUCGACUCUGGCGUCACUCCAGAGGACGUAUGGCUCGGCUUUUAUACUGACCUCCCAUUCCAUGGAGGAAUGCGAAGCCCUGUGCGCUCGGGUGGCUAUUAUGGUGAACGGCAGGUUCCAGUGCUUCGGAUCUGUUCAGCACUUGAGACACAAGUUUGGACAGGGAUUCACUAUAAUGGCUAAACUUAGACGCGAUUUAGUGGACGACUCGUCAUAUAUGGCGUCCAUAGAAGAGUAUGUCUCGCGAUGUCUGCCAUCGGCUGUCCUGAAGGACGUCCAUCAAUGCCUUCUUCACUAUCACAUCACAGACUCAAACAUCUUGUGGUCGAAGAUGUUUGCAGUCAUGGAAGACAUGAAACACCACUUCUCUCUCGAAGACUAUAUCAUAAGUGACACCACUUUAGAGCAGAUCUUCCUAUCGUUUGCCAGAAAACAGAGAUAA